AUGGCUAUGGAAGAAGCCCUUAGUGUUGGUGAGUACACACAGGAUGGGACUGUGGAUCUCAAAGGGAACCCUGUCCUUAGAUCCAAGGGUGGUGGAUGGACUGCUUGUUCCUUCAUUGUUGUGUAUGAAGUGUUUGAACGUAUGGCCUACUGUGGCAUAUCAUCAAAUCUGAUAGUGUACUUGACCAGGAUGCUCCAUCAAGGCACAGUCACUGCCUCCAACAAUGUCACAAAUUGGACUGGGGCCAUCUGGAUGACUCCAAUCUUGGGGGCCUACGUUGCUGAUGCACAUCUAGGCCGUUACUGGACUUUCGUCACUGCAUCUGCAAUCUACCUCUCGGGGGGGGGGGGUGCCACAACGAAUCAAAGGAAUGAAAGGCCGCAUUGCGUUGGAUGCUCUGUGGAGGAAAAAUGUCCAAAAGUUCGGUCUCAUACUAAGCUCCUUCCCCACCAAUUGGAUUUAUAUCCCGCUUCUGAGCGUGCAUUUGUCGAAUUCCUUGUUUCUGGAUUCUUCACACAUUGA